CCUCCCCAGUAUUCUGCCGAUCGCUAGCACUCGCGCACGCAACACAAACCCCUUCGUCGUGACGUGUAGACGAGCCUUACUUUUAUUUCUUUUUCAAAUAUAUAUUAAUAUAUAAUAAGAACUAUAUAUAGUUUAUCCGUACGAUCAAAAACUUAGAAUAUAGCUUUGUUUUUCUGCGACAACCGUGUAUAAUUUUAUAACGUGCGUUUCUAAUAUCAUUCAUCAAUCUUUCGUUUAAAUCGUACCCUUUCUCUCUCUCUCUCUCUCUCUCUCUCUCUCUCUCUCUCUCUCUCUCUCUCUAUCCUUUUCUUUUCUUUUUUUUUUUCUAGUCUUCCUUCAAUUCCACGCAUACUUGGGUACAAAUUCUUACGCGAUACGCGAAAAUAUAUGAUAAAAAAAGCGCGCGUGAGAAGCUUAGUUGAACCGCAGUGACUUUCUGAGAAACCCUUCGAAGAAUUUUCGAGGCCAGACAGAGGAGCCAGUACACUAGCGUGAAUUUAUUCUUUUGCCCUACCACGAUAACCUUUUCCCCCUUCUCACCCUUUUUCUCUCUCUCUCUCUCUCUCUCUCUCUCCCUCUCCUAACCUUUUUCUAUUCACGAGCUAUAGUGGACACCGUGACAUCUGCGCUAACUGCAAUGUGUACAACGACUUUUGGGCUAGCUCAACCUACGAGCUUUCAACCCGUCGAGAUCAAAUUACCUUUACGUCUUCCCCUAAUUUUCUCUAUCUAUUGCUAUCUAUUUUGCAUUAUUUAUCAUUUCGUUCCAUUUUUUUCUUCACUUUGUCUUUCUUUUAUUCUAUAAUACCAAGGUAUCAACAUUAUUUGAUACCUUAAUACAGCAAGUUUGGAAAAUUUGUAUCGAGAUCGAUGAACUCGUGACACUUCUGCAUGCAUCUAUCUAUCUCUCUUUCUUUCUUUCUCUCUCUCUCUCUCUCUCUCUCUCUCUCUCUCUCUCUCUCUCUCUCUCUUUAUCCAAUUAUCUCCAAUAGGAGAGGCUCUUUAAAUUUCGAGCCAAGGAGAAGAUAAACCUACUUGGACAUCAACUGAAUUUUUUAAACUAACGGGAUACUACAUCUCCGAGAAGAUACUUCUUAGAAAAAAUAAAUCGAAGAGAUCAACCUUUCUUCUUUUUUUUUUUAACGAAUACUUUACCAUCAUCGUCAUUCCUCAGAAAGAAGAAGAAGAAGAAGAAGAGGAGGAAGAGAAGGAAGAUAAAUUUUUCGGAUUUUCGACGAAUCGUCAAUGGCCUGUGGAAGAACAAACCAAAAAAUAAAAUAAUAUUCGUUCCCAUUUUGUUCUACGAUAUUUUUCGUUUUGUCUCUCAUGAACGAAGAAGAAUGAGAAUUGGCGAAUAAUAAGACCAACCGUGACGCUUGGAGUUUCUUCUUCUGUUCAUCCUCGUUCAUCCCCCUCCUUAUCUUUAUUUUCGAUUUAAAAGUCUCCCUUUCAUCUUGACAAGCAGUAUCAGCCUGGUUUGAUUUAUGAGCAGUGUAAUCGAUGAGAACACAAUACUAUCCUGUUGCGCAUUACAUGCGAUAAGAAAGAAAGAAAAAAAGAAAGGGGAAAGAAAAAAAAAAGAAGAUAGGGAGUGUGAGUGAAUCUUCAGAAGGAAAAGGAAAAAAAACGCAGCAGCAGUAGUUCGCGAGUAAAACAUAUCAAUCACCAAGAAAGUUUAGCAAGGAACGUGAGAUGAAUCAAACUGUUGUCGUCUCCCACGCUUCGAGCAUAUUUUUUGUUCGGCCUUUGGUAAAACAAUUCGAUAAUGGAAGUAACAACACGGCUUUGAAGAAAAGAUAGUUCAAACUCUAUCGAGGAAUUUAUCUUGGAAGGUUAGACACAUUUAUCAGCAGGUCAUAUAACUUCUGUAUUAACCGAGAAUAGUAAUGAAGGAAUGAUCAAAAAAUAAUCCAAAAUUGAUAUUUGGUAUAAUACGAUAUAAUAAUAAAAAUAAUCGUCGAGUAUCGGCUGCUGUGGUGUAUUGUUUUAGUCAAGGUUACAGUUGGUUUAAGGUGGUGGCUUCCCUCGGCCCUUGCCUCAGAAACACGAAGACCAGAAAGAUUAAAGGAAUAAGGAGGAGAAAGGGAGAAUUAAGAGAUGUUGGCCGGGUUCAGCUAGUCGACACACGGUGAAGGUGGUAUGGCUAGGAAUCCCCUAGGAAGGAGGAACGAGGUCGUUAGCUGCUACGCGAGAGAAAGACUAGGAAGGGUCGAGGGAAGUUGGCCGGGCAAAAACAACCUAACACACCGACAUCUCCUCUCCGGCGCAAGCUUAUAAUCCUUCUCGUUCCCUCGUACAAUUCAAUUUUUAAUCUUCGCUUGGUCUCUUAUUCGAUACACCUUGACAUAUGGUAUCCUGUGGGGGGAUGAUAUGAUAGUCGAUAAAAAACAAGAGAAAAAAAAAGAACAAGAAAAUAUCCGAUAUUCAAGAUCAUCACCCCACCCCCCCAGAGUUCCUACAAUCAUUUGCUUGAUGAGCUUUUAAAGAAUUUAUGAUUCCGGUUGGUAUAUUUCUGACCGAUAAUUGAAAAACCGAAGGUCGUAAUUUAACUUUUAUCCAGAGUUUUUGGAACCACGAGGAAUUAUUGUUUGAAACGUUUUACGGGGGAAAAAAACAAAUCAAACACGAACUUAUUGACAACGGUACUAACGAAACUCCCUAACAGAUUCUCUUUUGCGAAAAAAAGUUUCCUAUCUUCCUAAUUUUUGUCUUGGUUUGUUCAAACUUGAUUGAUGAGGUAAAAAAGGAAGACAAAAAAAAUAGAGAGAGAGAGAGAGGAGAAAAAGGAGAAAAUGAUGAAGCUCGUAUCGAACGUUACGCGCUCGAGUUGAGUUUGAACUCAGGCCAAAUGGUCCGAUUGUUCCCUCGCGAGGUUAUCAUCGAUUAAAUUCGUUGGGAGUAAAAAAAGGGAGUUACGCGAAAGGUUAUCUCGAGAAAAAUCGAUUCCGAUCAUCAUGGGAAUGGAAAUUCGUUACUCGUCGUCAGUAACGCUAAUAAAAUCCUGCAGCCGAGGAGAAUACGAGGAUUUGGAAAACGUGGUGUGCACGAUCGUACGAACGAUUCUUACGAUCAGAUAAUAUCGUUUGGGGUUGUUCGCUUAAACGUAAUCAGAAAAAUUAAGGAACGACGGAGAGAUUAUCAUCUGUCGUUGGGAAGAAAAAAAGAAGAAACCUUUUGUUGCCUAUUUGUUGUUUAUUUUUAUCAAGGGACAUGGGGGAAAAAACGUAUCGAAGUAUAAAAUGGUCUUGAUUAUCGAGGAACUUAAUCCCGACCAUAAUCGUGGGAUACCGUAAUUGUUCUCGUACAAUUGUGACCAUUUUGAAAAUGAACCUUGGAUCGAGUACGGAUUGAGGAGAGACGAGAUGAAAAUAAUAGGAUCAAAAGGGGAAAUUGGGAUAGUACGUUGAUGAUAAAGCAGUGAAAGCAUCGUGGGAGUAAUGCACCAAGUUUAACCGAAGAGAUGACGGUUAUGCCGUCGACUUCUGAUGUCGCUGACAAAGCAGUCUCAACAAACGAUGGUAGCGGCGGCGGCGUGGAGGUGGCACGUCUCGAAGCCGUCCUCGCAGCAUUGGUGGAAACAAAGGUGGAGGCGAUGAAGGCAUCAUCGACGAUCGGCAAACGUUCAGGGAGUGCACCAACCACUCCACGUCGUCCAAGAUUGACCUCGACUUCCACGGCCUCCUCGUCGUUGAACCAUCCCCCCCACCACCAUCAUCAUCACCACCAUCAUCAUCAUCACCGUCAUCAACAACAAUAUCAUCAUCAUCAACAUAGAAGGAAGAGUCAUUACCAUCAUCAUCAUCAACGUCGUAGACGACACGAUUCAGCUCCCUGCGAUUACAUCGAGGACUCGAUGAAUCGUCAUCAACAACACAAAUCGCAUCACGGUAAAGGAAGAAGAAGAGCUUCGGAGAGUCCACGAAGUCCACGGAAAAAACGUAGACAUUCUUCUAAGAGUCCUCGUCUACUUCAAAGUAACUUGACGGAUAUUCAAGCUGGUCUCGAAGCUGGUCUCGAAGCUGGUCUCGAAGCUGGUCUCGAAGCUCGUCUCGAAGCUGGUCUUGAAGCUCGUCUCGAACUACUCGACAUCAACGGGGAACAAGAUUUGGCAUUGAUAAACUUUAAAAGGACAAGAGAGGCUCUUAGCGACUCCUGCGAGUAUCCGCGACUGCACCGAAGUGCCUGCAACUUUUCCCAAAGCACAGCUCAAUUGAAGAUUCAUUACGACGAGGACGAGGAUUAUUUGGCGUUGAACAUAGCCGAUGAAUUGGAAGAGGAGGAAACAUUGAGCGGUCCUGAAAAAAUUCAGGAACCACGAGAGACUUAUCAUAGGCCGAGAAAAAAGCGAAAACGAAAGCGACGAAGAAUCGAGUCGGUUGAACCGGAGGAGGAAAUAGUUGGUCCGGAUGAACUACCACCUCGUGCCAGGUGGACUAUUGUUGCCACGGCUUGCCUACUUUUGGCUAUGUCCUUGCUUCUGGUCGGAGUCACCCUCAGAAUGGCACCGAUCAUCGAUGACAUGGUUCGCAAAGAGAACGAAGAGCUGCUGAACUCUCUGAACAGGGACACCUUCGUGCCAGUUAAUGCAACGGUGCCUCCCUAAGGGCAACGAUUAUCAAGAUGAAGGAUGUAUCCUAUUUAACUUUUCGAAGGUUUUGCAGCAAACCUAUGCCACGCUUCAUGGAGAUUUUAUCGAAGAAGAUACGUUCAAGAUACGUUCAAGAUACGUAUGGAGGUGUAAUAUUUUCAACGGCCGUAGAAUUUCCUCGUUUCGAGAAUUCGACUAAUUCAAACGUUAUCCUCGUUUCUGUUUUUUUACUAUAAAUAAAUUGAAAAAAAAAAAAAGAAAGAAACAAAUGGAAAAUCGCUAAUAAAAUUAAUCUAAGAUUUAAUUAACGAAAGAGAUCGACGAUAAGAUUAGUCAAUGUUGAUUAAUUCGAUUGAUAGCAAACUAGUACUCUAAUUAAAUUCAUCAAACUAGUCCCAAUAUCGGGAUAUUGUUUUCAAAGUACUGUACAAGUUUCACCGUUAGAUGGAAACUUUCGAUUGGUCGAUUUCACGAACUCGAAGAAGGAAUCAGCAACGGAGAUAUAUAUUUAUAUAGAAUAUAUAUUUCAAGUUGUCGUUAUUAUUUAUCGACAACGUGAAAUGUUGUUCCUGUUAAAACUUAGACAGGAAUCAUUUGGCAGUAAUUGACUACUGCUUGUUGUAAUUUAACACAUUUUGGAUCGUUAUUGUUGUUGGUGGAACGAAUGCCGCGUCGAUGCCAUUUCUCGAAAUAACUUUUUUCUUUUUUUUCUUUUUCUUCUAAUAAUCCUUUUGGUUAAAAAAAAAAAUAAAAUAUAAAAUAAUAAAAAAAGAGUUAAAGACACGACUCGACAAUCGUUCGCAUACCGAAUGCCGACAACGAAGAGAAAUAGUUUAAACAAAACGAUUUCUAAUCAGGAUGAUCGCAGUUCAGAAUCAUUUGGAGAUGAGAUUAAGAUCGAGCAAAUUAUAUUUCGAAUGAACAGACAUUUGUUUAUUUUUUCUGAUGAACAAAAAGUUCAAUCUCGAUCCUUUUCUAUGUGAAUCCUUGAAUGAUUCAUUAUUUAAUUAGAAUUUUAUCGAUCAAUUAGAUUCACUUGCUACACAUAGACAGCCAUGUAAAUACAAUGUUCAUUAUUAUCAAGAAUUAUCGUAAGAAUUACAGAAAAAAAAAACAAAUUAAGAAAGAAAAAAAAUAUAUAUAUAUAUACUAGAGAGGAGAAUAAAGAGCCAAAAUUAUUGUUGUCAAUUGUUUGUAUGAUAUCAAAUUAUUGUCUUUUAGAAACGCACGAUCGCGUCGUCGUACAUAAUAUUACGAGGUUUAAACAUUUAUCAGGUAUAACUAUAGCAAUUAAAAAAGGAUCGCUCGCGAUCGAGUUUUUUUGUAAAUGAUUCGAUUCAUCGCAGGAUCGACGAAUCGAUCGAUCGAUCUCGAGCUAGAAAAUUCAUUGGAUUUUUUAUGACAACGGGUAUGUACCGAAAUAGAAAAAAAAUGAAAAAAGAAAAAAUAAAAAAACAAAGUAAAAGCAGAGAGACACCUAACUCAUAGAUAAUUUAUAAUUGACAUCGCUUCUUUGCAAAACUCAGGAAAUUAUUUACCACAGAUAUUGUAUUAAUCGAUCAUUCGUCUCUAAAAUAAAAUUAAAAAGCAAAACGAAAAAAAAAAGAAAGAGAUUUAACCAAAGAAAAUUUAACUAAAAGAAAUAAGUGUGUACAGAUAUUCGAAUAAAUGAAAUUUUAGGGUAUCGACAAUUUGCUCGAAUCUCGGAAAAGUUUUAUUCUUUGCCUCGCGCCAAUAAUUCUUAUACGCGUCGAUUGUAAAUAAAAAAAAA